AUGGUCCAGAUUGUGAGAAAAAAUGUGAUUGUGACGACAAAUACUGUGAUCCACAGAUCGGAUGCUGCGACGAAUAUGACUCAUUCUGUGGUCGCGAAAGUAUGCAAAUUUCUUUUUUUUAGUACAUACGAUUUGUCACGAAUGAAGCCUCUUCUAAAUGAGUAUGGAUUUGGGAUUGGGAGAGAGAAUCGAGCACUCGUCUUCACAUCCGAAUGUGCUAAAUACCUAUACUUCUGGCCCCUCUAUCACUCCGAGAAGAAACCAGACCCACCAAGCGCAACCAGGAAUGAAUUCAACAAUCCGCUUUACCUGCAAGCAGGAGUCCAAAGUGAUCAACUAUCAAGCAAAUCAAAGUCAAUCGACCGAUUUGAUAGACUUCAAAAUGAAUAUGCAACAAUGGAUGACAUGUACACUGCCACAGCAGUCUCGGCUGGAGCGUCUGACGAUGGUCAAAGUAAUCAUAUUGGCCUGAAUGGCACUGCUUACUCCAACGGUUCUGCGAGAGGUGCAUACGAUUACGAGAUACCAAACAGCACGUUGAAGACGAAGAAAUCCUGA